GUCGUCACGCACGCGCACCGAGUGUCAUCAUCAUCUUGACGCGGACGAGCAUCCCACGCGCGCGGACACGUGAAGAAGAUAGAAGGGGGCGAUUGACAGUGACCCCCCACCCCCACCCCCAACCCCCUCCACAAAGACCACCGGGACAAGAUGUUCCUCUCGGACCACAACGCCGACCUCCCGGACCGCUUCUUCCAGAUUCCUGGCAGCGCUCCUUGGCUGUGCCUGUCAGGCCGGAAUUGAACACGCCCCGAUCCUCAGCGCAAUGGACGGCCCCCACGAGCUGUCGGGCGAGACCCUGAUGGUGCACCACAUCCCCCUGGUGCACCGCCAGGUGUCGGGCGGCUCCUUGAAAAGGAGCAACCCCUUCAGCUUGCCCGAGAACUUGGUCCUGAGUCGCACCACCUCCCUCCCCGAGAGAGACGUCCUGCUCUACAGCAGCCUGGUCCAGACGUCUAGCGGUUCCAAGAGGGGCGGGGCCAGCACGGCCAGCGACUCCUCCUUCACUUCCGACGAGCAGCUGCUGGCGGCACACACCUUGCCGCGAGUCAAGAGCAGACGUGGCAACCCUCUUCGCCGCAACCCCUUCCUGCUGAGGCCCGAGGAGGACGAGGACGAGGACGAGGAGGAGGAGGAGGAGGAGGACAACGAUCUGAGCGGCUACCGCGAAGACUCCUCCUUCCACCUCCACACCGACUCUGCCCUCCACGACGCCAUCGCCUCUUUCCAUCUGCACGGCCUGGGUUUCACGCCGGAGCCCUUCCUCCUGCACGGCCCGGCGGGUGGGGGGGAGUCCUUGGGGGUCGUGGCCUCGGACGCGGACAGCCAGCGCCGCCACGGCAGCAGCGGCUCCAACAUGUCGGUGGAUUGCGGCGAGCAAGACUGGGAGGAGGAGGACGCCAUGCAGUGCGGACGGAGCAGCAAGACCGACUCGUCCUCCUCAGGCUGGUCCAAUCAGCACUGCUCCUGCUGCUCACAAAACUUCCCCCAGGCUUUCGCUGAGUGCCAGCAGGGAUACGCCAGCGACUCCUCGUGCAACAGCUCCGACGGCGUGCUGGUCAACUUCAGCGCCAUCUACAACAAGACCAACAACGGCGUUCCCGAGAAGCCUGCAGGCUCCGGCCCCACCAACCUGAACCACCUGUCCAGCGGCUCGCCUGUGUCUGACCCGGCGUUUUACCUGGACCUGCACACUUCCCCCGCUGACGCGCCACCCGCCAACACCACAGAGCUGGACGCCAACUGCAACUCCUUCUGCCCACCCCAUGCUAGCUCCGCCCCCUCGGCGUCCUGCCUGCAGAGUCAAGCCCGCCUGGUGGUGGCCACCCAGAACUACUACAAGCUGGUCACCUGUGACCUGUCGGCCCAGUCCUCUCCCAGCCCCGCGGGCUCCUCGGUCCACAGCGGCUCCGAGGAGCCAAGCAAGGGAAGCCCCACCCCCACUGGGCCCAGCGAGUACUUCCUGUUUAGGGAAGCUGAAGGUGACGAAGAAGAAGAAGACGCACAGACAGCAAGGCGGGAUAAGGAUGAGGAAGAUGGCGAGGAUAAAGAUGGCGAGGAUAAAGAUGGCGAGGACAAAGAUGGCGAGACUGAAGUUGGCGAGACUGAAGUUGGCGAGACUGAAGUUGGCGAGGCUGAAGUUGGCGAGGACGAAGUUGGCAAGGACGAAGAUGGCGAUCAGGUGCUGGGCAAAGACGCUGACGUGAUCAUCCAGGGUCGAGUAUACGUCAACACCUCCCCUCCCUUGGGUGGCCAGGGCGUCAUCGGGGCCUCGUCCUCCUCCUCCUCCACUGCACGCCUGCGCUCCCGCAGCUACGACCGCCACCUGGACAAGUCUCCGUGUGCGAGGCCGGGCUCUCUGGAGCGCAUGCUGAGCUGCCCAGUCCGCCUCAGCGAGGGCGGCGCCCUCACCCCACCCCCGCCGCCGCGAGUCACCUCCUUCGCUGAGAUCGCCAGGAGCAAGCGAAGACACGGAGGCUCGCCGUCCCUCAAGGCGGACCCCUUCUCCUCCACAGAAUUCUCCCCUGUCCUGGAGAGGCGUGUUGACGCUGUGCCAUCCAUCACUGGAGGACGCCACGCAGACGCCGCCCAGGAUGGAGGUGGUGAGUCCUCCUGGUGUGACGUCCACCCAGCAGUGGUGCGCUACAGUAAAGACCAGCGCCCAACCAGCCUGCCCAUCCAGCCCUUCACCUUCCACCACCAGCUGGCCUGCAAACCCCCGCAACCUAAGGCGCCGCCCCCCCUACUCACAGGCCACAUGUCAGGGCAGACCCCCCCCGGCUGCUGCGGUGCCGAUGACGGAGUACGCACAGGGGCACCUGCCCUGGACUCGGUGCGCCCGUCGCCCCUGGGGAGUUAUUCCCCGGUGCACCUUCAGGAGGCCACCAGUUGGGGGACGUGCUCCACCUGCACCCCCAGCCCAUCCCCCCCUUACAACCUCUCCUGCCCCCACAAACAGAGCUCGCCCACCCCUCCUCCGGCCAGCCUGGACUUAAAGAGGGGGGUGGUCCUACAGAGAGACACAUUGAGUCCACUGGGGGGCAUCAAGACUGGAAACCAUGUGGACACAAGCAAACUUGUCAGGAUGCACAACGUGCAUCACCUUUCCCCCCAGGCGUUGAAGUGGCGAGAGUAUCGGCGCCAGAACCCUCUUGGCGUUUCCUCAUCUUCCUCGUCCUCUUCCUCCGCCGCCCCCACCGGCUCGGCCCCGCGGCAGGGAGGCGGGAUGCGCCUGCCCAGACGGAACGUGUUCGAUUUCCCUCUGCAUCCGUCGAGCCACUCACUGGGACGCCCUCAUGGGAAAGGGAAGCAGACCUCCAGCGACUUCCUGCUGGACUAUUUCUCUGUGAGCGAGCGUCCGCCAGAAGAGUUCUGUCUUUCACCUGAUACCUGGCCGUCUUCGUCUUGCGCCUCCUCCUCUUCGUCACGGGGACACGUCAAUGUGGACAUGACGCACAAGAGAGGUCUGGUGACGGCGGUCAACACUGCAGUGGAUCUGAUCGUGGCUCACUUUGGGACAAGUCGAGACCCUGACGUAAAGGCUAAACUGGGGAACAGCUGGGUGAGUCCCAACGUAGGACACCUCAUCCUCAAGUACUUGUGUCCAGCGCUGCACGAAGUCCUGCAGGACGGCCUGAAGGCUUACGUCCUGGACCUGAUCAUUGGUCAGCGGCGUUGUCAGCCCUGGAGUCUGGUGGAGCCGUCCACCCAGCUGGGCCCGUCCACACGUGUCCUCCACAACUUGUUCACUAAGGUGAGCCAGUUCUCGGAGCUGACCAGCCACAGCAUGAGACUCAACGCCUUCGUCUUUGGUCUCCUCAACCUAAAAUCUUUGGACUUUUGGUUCAGUCACCUCUUUUCACACGAAGACAUUAUCGUCGCCCACUACAGUCCCUGGGGUCUCCUCCCCUUGUCUCAGGGGGCGUGUCUGCAGCUCUUCCAGGAGCUCCUCCUCCUCCUGCAGCCGCUCUCGCUCCUCCCCUUCCACCUGGACCUGCUCUUUGAGCCACACCUGCUCCAGAAGGGCCAGGAGCAGCUGAGGCGCAAGGAGCAGCUGUGUUCGGCCGGCCAGAUGUCCGAGCGCUCGGGACGCUCCACCUUCCAGCUGAUGAGAGGAUGGAGCGCCACCGUUGGCGACAUGGUGGCCAAGAAAGAGAAGGCGGGGCUCAGGCGAGAGGGCACCUGGCCCAGGACGGAAGCCUCUUCUGACAAGGAAUCCAUGGAAGCUGGCUUUGCUCACCUGUGGAAAGACAGAGGAGCGGGAGGACAGAGGACGAAGGGAGUUGGACAAGAAAGGGAAGACAAGAGUGAGGAGGAAGUGGAGAAGGAGGCGAGGAAGGACAGACAGGCGGGCUGGUGGUUUCAGCUCAUGCAGUCAUCCCAGGUCUACAUAGACCAGUCCACAGAAGGCUCAAAGUUUGUGAAGACAGAGAAGAGGAAGACGUCUUUGGAGAGAAGACACUGCCAGCCGCCCCCCUCCAGGGAGGGCGUGGUGGAGGGCGCUGAGUCUAGGCGGGAAGGGGAGGGUCCCUCGGACAUGGCGUCUUUGAGACCCAGAGGACGUCCCUCGUGGAUGGGCAGUCCGCCAGAGUCCGUCCUCAGCCAAGACAAGGAGGAGACAGGGGGCGGGGCUCCCGUCGAAGCCCAGCAGGAGAGUCCGGCUCAGGGUCAAAGUUUACGCUGGCGACGCCUUUUUGGAUCCGGUGUUUGCUCGCCCACGGUGGAGCAGAAGGUUAAAGGUCACAAGAGCAGGCCGCCGUCCGGCUGGCUCGGCUUGGACGGGUCCGUUCUUGGCCUAAUGGCUCAGACCAUCGGAGCAGGAGGCGGGAAGAAGGCGGAGUCCGUGACCGCAGACGUCUGUCAAGAAACUCCACCCACAUCACCCCUGCCUACCACAUGGGACGUGCGAGCGCUGUGCCACCACAUCGCCAGCGAGCCCGACCAGCUCAGCUUCAACAAGGGCGACAUUCUGCGCGUGCUGAGCAAGGCCGACCCUGAUUGGCUGCUGUGCUCCAUGGGCGCCGCCCGGGGCCUGGUACCCAUGGUCUAUGUGACGCUCUGCAGCACGGAGGACAGCCAAUAUGGCGGGCGAAGCCAAUUGAAAAGUCCCUCAGCAGGAAACUGCAAGUGACGUGAGCAUGCACAUAUUCAAAAUUGGACUCUCAGUGGCUCCUCCCCCUCACGCCAUCGUCGGGCUUCCUGUCUUGCACACGAUCAUGGUAAACGUGUCGCUGGUCACAUGAUCGCUGAGGUAACAGAUCAGUUUGGAAAUGUUCUCAUUAGUGCAAUAUUUAACUGCUAUGCUCCAUGUCCCCACUAGAGAGCCCUGCAGGCACCUCUUAGAUACAUAGGUACAGCGCUAACAUAGCCUAGCUUGUGGGAGGAACUUCUGUUUGUGCAAUUAGUAUUAAUGACAUGUAUGGUUACAUAUUACACUAAUUACCUCAAAGCUAAGAUGAUAGCUUAGCAUAUAUUGACCUACACUAACAUCUUUAAUGUAUUAAAUUGUUGUUUGUUUGUUUGUUUUCUGCCCUCACUGGAGGGACUUUGGACCCCUUAAUGUCCAAUCAAACAACUCUCAGGGGGGCAGUUGGAUACAUUUUCUACAUUCCAGAUGCUAAAAGCAAUCCAGGGAAGGUAAUAUAUGCUAAGCUAAUGUCUUAGCUUCAUGUUGUGGCUAGGGUAAUAAACCAAUGGUUUUAGAUAAAAAUGUUGGAAUAAGCGAGAUUGACAACUGCACUUUGAUCAAAUCCCGUACUGGCUGGCUGAUGAAAACAAGAGACAUCAACGUCUUUCCCCAAUAAGGACAAACAUAACCUAACCUUAUAUUAACACAAUACUGUCUGAGAAACCAAGAUAUUUGAUGGUGUACAAGAGAUCCUUCUAUACUCGGAGGAAUAGCAAACCAAGGUGCGUUCAAGGACCGCAAAACAGUGUAGGACGCCACAAAUAACAAAUUAUAUAAAUUGAUUUUAUUUGUUUCGCACUUUUCGUUUCAAUAAAUCUUCAAGUUCUGAAGCACAAACCCAUAUUUAAAGAGUAAAAUAUAAUCCAGAUAAAAUAGGGAAACACUAUCAGUGAUAACAAAACAUGUCAAGUAGCGACUUUUCUAUUUGUUUGACUGAUUCACAACAAUAAGGUGUCAUGUUUGAGCACAUUCAAUGAGAAUAAUGACAAUAAUGUUCAUAUCCUUCCAUCCCUAGCUGUCUCCAACCAAGCUAAUUGUUGUAAUAUCCAAUAGGUUUCAGCAGCCUCGAUGUCACGGUAACGGGACUUUUCAAUGCAAAAAUAUUUGGGAACAUUUGCGUUGCGGAUUUAGCUCAGGAUGUGUUUGCCUUAUGUGGGCAAGGAGGAACUUGCACUGUUGGACACUUUUUGCUGACUGGCAUCACAUUGGACUGCUUGAUUGAUUGAUUGAUUGAUUGAUUGAUUGAUUGAUUGAUUGAUUGAUUGAUUGAUUGAUUGGUGGCAGUAAAAUGAAGCCUUAGAUAAUUGUUGGCCAGUAAAGACAAGAUGACUGACAUGUUAGCGUUGUUGUAAAUAUGUCACAUGUUAUUAUUAUGACUCAUGUUAAUAAUGGAAGCUUCAGUGUCAACAUACCUGUAAAUAUCAUCUUCUUCUCUGUAUGCUAUAUAAAAUAACAUGAAUGUG